GCAGGUGGAGCCGCGGCGGGAGCCCGCCGGGCGGCGGAGGGAGGCAGGGGCCCCGCUGGGCCAUGGAGCUGCUGAGGCUGAACCGGAGCUUGGCGGGCCCCGGCCCCGGCCCGGGGACUUCUCUGUGCCGCCCUGGGGGCCUCCUCCUCAACAGCAGCAGUGCCAACAACCUUAGCUGUGAGCCCCCUCGCACCCGCGGAGCCAGGACUCAAGAACUGGAGCUAGCUAUUAGAAUCACCUUGUAUGUUGUGAUCUUUCUGAUGAGCGUUGGAGGAAAUGUGCUGAUCAUCGUGGUCCUGGGGUUGAGCAGACGCCUGCGGACAGUGACCAAUGCCUUCCUCCUCUCGCUGGCAGUCAGCGACCUCCUCCUGGCCGUGGCCUGCAUGCCCUUCACCCUUCUGCCCAAUCUCAUGGGCACAUUCAUCUUUGGUACAGUUGUCUGCAAGGCAGUUUCCUAUCUCAUGGGGGUGUCUGUGAGUGUGUCCACCCUAAACCUCGUGGCCAUCGCGCUGGAGCGGUACAGCGCCAUCUGCCGGCCAUUGCAGGCGCGUGUGUGGCAGACACGCUCGCAUGCGGCUCGCGUGAUCGUGGCCACGUGGCUGCUGUCCGGGCUGCUCAUGGUGCCCUACCCCGUGUACACCACGGUGCAGUCAGUGGGGCCCCGUGUGCUGCAGUGUGUGCAUCGCUGGCCCAGUGCGCGUGUCCGCCAGACCUGGUCAGUGCUGCUGCUGCUGCUUUUGUUCUUCGUCCCAGGUGUCGUCAUGGCUGUAGCCUAUGGGCUGAUCUCCCGUGAGCUCUACCUGGGGCUUCGCUUUGACGGAGACAGUGACAGUAAGAGUCAGAGCCGAGUCCAAAGCCGAGGAGGACUGCAAAAUGGAAAGGGACCAGAUCCUGCCCACCGGAACGGGCAUUGCCAGCUGGAAAGAGGACUGUCGGGCGAGGAUGGUGAUGGCUGCUACGUGCAGCUUCCACGCUCUAGGGCUGCACUGGAGUUGUCAGCGCUGACAGCGUCCACUCCUGGAGCAGGCGCAGGCCCUCAGCCCGUCCAGGCAAAGCUGCUGGCCAAGAAGCGAGUGGUGCGGAUGUUGUUGGUGAUUGUUGUGCUUUUUUUCCUGUGUUGGCUGCCGGUGUACAGUGCCAACACUUGGCGCGCUUUUGACGGGCCUGGUGCGCACCGCGCGCUCUCGGGCGCCCCCAUUUCUUUCAUCCACUUGCUGAGCUAUGCGUCUGCCUGUGUCAACCCCCUAGUCUACUGCUUCAUGCAUCGUCGCUUUAGGAAGGCCUGCCUGGAAACGUGCUCCCGAUGCUGGCACCGCCCGCCACGAGCUCGCCCCAAACCUCUUCCAGAUGAGGACCCUCCCACCCCUUCCAUAGCUUCACUCUCCAGGUUGAGCUAUACGACCAUCAGCACAUUGGGGCCAGGUUGA